GGCACAGUUAUUUAGACAGCAGAAGGCUUGCAGUUGUCGCUGCAUAUCAAAUAGUACCUCAUUUUCGCCUUAAUUUAAAUUUAUUGUAGCCUCACUUGUAGACAUGUUUAUUUGAUCUGUUAUAAAAAGCAUAUAACACCCUUUACAAAACCAGAUCUGGUUAAUUAACCGGGGUGCACAACCACAUAUGUAUCUUUCGUUUUAUCUUUGCUAUAUUAUUUUGUUAUCAAUGGCCUCGCCAACAGUUGAUAAUUUUUAUAAACAAAUAUCACAUUUCAUUGCUUAUUUUCGCUUUCACGGUUGAGUAGCAAUUAAUUUUGCCUCAGUUGUUAAUAAGCGCUACUGGUGGUCGGAACAGUAACUUUAAUGCUGAAAAAAUUCAAAAUAUUAGUAACUUAAACACGCAAAACUUUUCAGAAAAUAUCCAGAAAUGAUAACAAAAGUCAUUUUAUGCGCAGCUUUGAUUAUUUGCGCUCUCAGCUGCUGCAGUGUGGCCGAAAGACCGGCACACUGCUUACAACCUCAUCCACGGGGUCAGGGCCUUUGCGAUAUGCUCAUCAGUGGUUUCUACUACAAUGCCGAACAAAAUGCGUGUGAGGUGUGGCAAGAGAGUGGUUGUAAUGUCGUAGGUGGUCAGACUUAUGAUUUACGCGAAGAUUGUGUGAACGAAUGUGUGAAUGUUAAUUAAGAAGAGUGUUUGAAUGUUUGUUCAAGAAACUUUCCAUAUCUAUUGUUUAUAAAAUUUAUAAUUACAAAAACUGCAACUAUUGAAUAUAAUUAAAUUUUUAGAAGAUUAAAAUAAUAAAUAAAAAGGUGGAUAAGGACAUAUAGAAAAUGUUAAGUAUAUGAGUAUGUGUUAGAUAUAUGUAUGGAAUUUUGAGUUGCGUAGAAGUGUUAGAGUGAGCUCAUUUUUUCUUAAUUAUUAGAAAUCUUAUAAAUUAGUUGUAAGAACAGGGUCGGUUAAGGGUCACUUAUCAUCCAAGAACAAAACAUACUAAAAGCCGGAGGAAAAAUACUCUCUUACUUUUAUUACAUAAAUAUGUUUAUACAUACAUAUGCAUCUAAAAUAAUCAUUUGGUUAUUAAACUAAA